AUGAAGGAGCUGCUGGCCCUCGGGAGGCCGGGCGGGCGGCAGGACGAGCAGCCCUUCUGUCUACCUGAGAGCUUGGAAAGCGCCGAGAAAUCCCGACACCCGAUGAGCUCUUCCAAACCUGACAGUAGGCAAGGGAAGGGUGGGCUCGACCAGUCCGGCCUCGGAGAGUUCUCCAGGCUGGACGGUGUUCAGCCGGCAGAGGAGCUGAGCGCGUUGAGCUGGGACUUCAACCAGACGGAGAAGCCCAGUAGCACCUACCAGCAGCCAGACAGCAGCUUCGGGGGCUACCCUGAUCACGAGGAGUACGAGAUGGACGAGCGGUGGGACGCCGAGUGCAAGCCCCGUGUGCCCAGCCCCUCAAAGGGCCAGAUCCCCGGGCUGAAGGAAACGGGCUCGGUGCAGGCCCAUGAGAUCAGCAGCAACUCCACCAAGGAGCCGGUGCCUGGCGGGGAGAAGAAGGAGGAGGUGAAAGCCUUGGAAAAAAACGAUGGGAAAGAACGAGGUCCGCCAAAAAAAAGACGCCCCGAGUUGGAGAGCGACUCCGAGAGCGACGGGGAGGGGAGGGAGAAGAAGAAGCUGAAGGGGGAGGGGGAACAAGGGGAGCCGGCCCCCCAGGACUCCUCCAUGGUCGGUCGCUUGUGCAUCAUGGAUGACUUCAGGGACCCCCAGCGCUGGAAGGAGUUUGCCAAGCAAGGGAAGAUGCCCUGUUACUUUGACCUCAUUGAGGAGAACGUGUACCUGACAGAGAGGAAGAAGAACAAAUCCCACCGGGACAUCAAGCGGAUGCUGUGCGAGUGUCCCCCUCUCUCCAAAGAGGAGCGAGCUCAGGGGGAGGUGGCCUGUGGAGAAGAUUGUCUCAAUCGUCUGCUCAUGAUAGAGUGUUCAUCCAGGUGCCCAAAUGGUGACUACUGCUCCAACAGGCGCUUCCAGAAGAAGCAGCAUGCAGAUGUUGAAGUGAUCCUCACUGAGAAGAAAGGCUGGGGGCUGAGAGCUGCCAAAGACCUGCCAUCGAACACUUUUGUCCUGGAGUACUGUGGAGAAGUGCUGGAUCACAAGGAGUUCAAGGCUCGUGUGAAGGAAUAUGCCCGGAACAAGAACAUUCACUAUUAUUUCAUGGCCCUGAAGAAUGAUGAGAUAAUUGAUGCCACCCAGAAAGGCAACUGCUCGAGGUUCAUGAACCACAGCUGUGAACCCAACUGUGAGACUCAGAAGUGGACGGUGAACGGGCAGCUCAGAGUUGGGUUUUUCACCACCAAGCUGGUGCCGUCGGGCUCAGAGCUGACCUUUGACUACCAGUUCCAGAGAUACGGCAAAGAGGCUCAGAAAUGUUUCUGUGGCUCAGCCAACUGCCGGGGGUACCUGGGCGGGGAGAACAGGGUGAGCAUCCGUGCUGCAGGCGGCAAGAUGAAGAAGGAGCGCUCGCGGAAGAAGGAUUCGGUGGAUGGGGAGCUGGAAGCUCUGCUGGAGAAUGGUGAGGGCCUCUCUGACAAGAACCAAGUGCUCAGCUUGUCCCGGCUCAUGGUGCGGAUCGAGACGCUGGAGCAGAAGCUCACCUGCCUCAAACUCAUCCAGAACACACACUCACAGUCCUGCCUCAAGUCCUUCCUGGAGUGCCACGGGCUGUCUCUGCUCUGGAUCUGGAUGACGGAGCUGGGCGAUGGCAGAGGGAGCACUGCUAACAACCUCAAGUUGCAGCUGGAGAUCAUGAAGACUCUGGAGCUCCUGCCCAUACCCACCAAGAACAUGCUGGAGGAGAGCAAGGUGCUGCCCAUUAUUCAACGCUGGGCCCAGACCAAGACUGCUGUCCCACAGCUCAGUGAAGGUGAUGGCUACUCCAGUGAGAACACCUCCAGGGCCCACACCCCCCUCAACACACCAGAUCUCUCCACCAAGCAGAGCACGGAGGGGGACACGGACACCCCCAAGAAGCUGGUCUUCAGGAGGCUGAAAAUCAUAAGUGAGAACAGCAUGGACAGUGCCAUCUCAGAUACAACCAAGGGCAAGGAGGACCUGGAUCAGCUGGAGGCUGCCCCAAUGGAGGUGCCAGAGGAACAGCAGCAGCAGCAGCAGCAGGAGGUCAAAGCUGCCGUUGACCCGCCGGUGGAGAGCAGCAAACCCCAAGGUGGGGAGCUGGAGGCUGAGCCUGAAGCAGAGGUCAAGGAGAGCAACGGGGCGAAGCUGGAGGAGCCCAUGGCAAUGGAGACACCAUCUCAAGAUGAAGAGGAAGGUGUCUCUGACGUUGAGAGUGAGAGGAGCCAAGAACAGACUGACAAAAUGGUGGAUGUCAGUGAUUUGGCCACCAGGCUGCUGGACAGCUGGAAGGAGCUCAAG